CUCAGAGGCCAUAAAAACAGUUAUUAUGUGGGGCAGCCUGCUUAAACAGUGCAUUUGAAGGAAUACACACCAGUUAAUUAACUCCAGCAUUAAAAUCGAUAGUAUGAACGGGUUGUGCGCUGAAAAACUGGACGUUGCUCCUCUACAGCUUUUCAAUUGUACACAUGCCGACUGUGGCGCCACGUUCACUCGGGAAUGGCGCCUUGAAGAGCAUCAAACAGUUCACACGGGAGCGAAACCCGUUCAAUGUAAGGUGGAAGGUUGCGGGCGUCGAUUCUCAAGGAAAUCUCACCUGAGCCGCCACGCUCUCAGGCACCCCGGGGUCAAGCAAUUCAGGUGUACUUUCGUGAGUUGUACGAAGAGUUUCUUCAAUGCUGACAAUCUGAAGAGGCACGUUCGUUAUGCCCACGGAGAAAAGGAUAAAUAUUUUAGGUGUAAAUUUGGAAACUGCUCGUUGUCGUUCAAGAAACGGAGGGCGUACAAACUACACUUGAACGUGCACGGCACAUCCCAUAAUUUCAAAUGCUCAAAAGAGGGCUGCAUGUUCAGAUUUGACUCCCAUGUUACUCGCAAAGCCCACGAGAAGACCCACGCAGGUUACCGCUGCCCACAAGAGAACUGUCAGAUGAUUGUAAACACCUGGGGGAAACUGCAGAAGCACAUGGCUAAACACCCAGCCACAUACACCUGUAAACGGUGUCAGAAGGUAUUCAACAAGCAGGAUGGCCUGAGGAGACACAAGCGAACUCACGCCCUGCAGAAGCCUGUGCUGCUGUGUCCAAGCCCAGGCUGCAAGGCCUAUUUCUCCACCACCUUCAACCUGCAGCACCACAUCCGCAAGGUGCACCUACAGCUCCUCAAGUACCACUGCUCCUUCCCAGACUGCCCGCGCACCUUUGCCAUGCGGGAGAGCAUGUGCAGGCACAUGAUCCUCCACGACCCAGACGCCAGCCGACUGAAGCAGAAGAGCCAGCGCUCCAAGAAGGGCUGGCAGAAGCGUCUGGAAGGCCACCACCAGCUCCCCCUGGUGACGGAGGACCUACGGCGUCUUUUCACCCAGCACAUGCACAUCUCCAGACGGGCCAAGGUGGAGGCCGACCUCUCGGGCCUCUUCAGCGAACGCAAGAUCCCACACUACGUAGACCCAGAGGUCAAUCUGCGGGACCUCUUCAGCAUUAAAUCCCCUCGACUUGGGGGACCCCCUGUUGCUCCGCUCAAGGGUUAAAGGUCAAAGUUUCCUAGUUACGAUCUAGAAGAAUUGUUGCCAUUUUAGUUGCGUUUUAAUUUAAGUUUAUAUUUAAGCAUAUUGUAAUUAAGCAUAUUGUUUAUGGUAUCUAAAGCAAUGUAUUGGGUCAUAUUGUGUUGUAUGAAGAGCAAUUUAAGUUUUUUUCACUGCCUGACUUGAUCAGACCCAAUAAAAAUGUCGGGGAAUUUCAU